CGAUGGCGGAGCAGCAGCAGCGACAGGGAGAGGGGGAGCCGAGCCCCGGGAUGCAGCCACCGCACAAAGCCUCGCUGCUGGUGGUCCUCGGGGAUGCGGGGCGCCCGGCCCUGCUGCUGCGGGAGCUGAUCGCGCAGAUCGAAAGAGGAAUCCGCUCCUGGGACAUCGAUGCGGUGCAUUACAGUCUGGACGAACAGCUGAAGCUCUUUGUGUCCCGGCACUCGGCUACCAUUCCCGAGGAAGUGAAAGGUCAGAAGAUCCUCCAUCACCGAGGUGAGGCUUUGGAGACUCUCGUCCUGAUAAACCCUACCUGCGAAUUGCUGUGUGCUGAGGUGCGAAACCUGAUCUCCGGACCCUCCCGGCAGAAGCUGUUGGUGUUGGCAGGACUGUGCCUGGCUGAGUCUGGGGAGCUGCUCUUGCAGAGCGGACACUUUGCGCUCCAGGAUUUCAUCCAGAUUGUCAACGAGAAGGAGAUCAGUGAGCUGUUGAGUUUGUCCCCUCCGGAGGACAAGGCCACCCUCACCCUCUGCCCUAACUUUGGCGAGUGGGAGAAAUUCAACCUGGAGAAGCACAACCUGCACGAGUACAUCGGGAUCAAGGUGAACCCACCGGAAACGUUGGCCGAGAUGGAGGGUCUGCAGGAAUUCCUGGAAUACCUGUCGGAAUCGGUGGAGUCCCCGUCCCCCUUUGACCUGCUGGAGCCCCCGGCCACGGUGGGUUUCCUGAAGCUUUCCAAGCCGUGCUGUUACGUCUUCCCAGGUGGGAGGGGUGACUCCGCCUUCUUUGCCGUGAACGGCUUCAAUAUCCUGGUCAACGGGGGUUCCGACCAGAAGUCUUCCUUCUGGAAACUGGUGCGUCAUCUGGACAGGGUAGACUCCGUCCUGUUGACUCACAUCGGGGCGGACAACCUGCCUGGCAUCAACAGCCUCCUCCAGAGGAAGCUGGCCGAACUCGAGGAGGACCAGUCGCAGGUCUCCGAGGCCAACGGGGACUGGAUGAAGAAUCUCAUUUCCCCCGAGAUCGGGGUCGUGUUCCUCAAUGCUCCCGAGAGGCUCAAACAUGUGGAGAGGAACAACAAAGUCAGGCGGAGCGUGGACGAGGUCAGCUUGACGCUGCAGUCCCUGGACACAUUGGGAAUCACGCCGUUCCCCUUCUGCCGGACGCUUGGCAAUGCCUUGGAGCCGACCAUCCUCUUCCAAAAGAUGGGAGUUGGCCGUUUGGAGAUGUACGUCCUGAACCCCAGCAAAGACAGCAAGGAGCUGGACUACUUGAUGAACCAGUGGAGCGGUAACGGUGACCGCAAAGGGUCAGAACUCCCCAUCCAGUGUUUGACCUCUAUCUGUGCCCUCAUCGCGUGGCACCCAGCCAGCCCCACAGAGAAGAUUAUCCGAGUCUUGUUCCCCGGCUGCGCUCCUCAGAACAAGAUUCUGGAAGGACUGGACAAGCUGAAGCAUUUGGACUUCCUGAAGCAGCCAGUGGCCACGCAGAAAGAUCUAGAAGCCUUGAAACGAGAUAAGAGUUCCAAACCGAGGCGCACAGAAAGCCGGGAGAGUCUCAAGAGUCUCACCAAAGGGUCAACGGGAAAGACGUCAGAAAGCACUCUGGGAGCAGGGAAAUUGGCAUCUAAACCAGUCAAGGUUGAGAAGAAGGAUAAGACCAAUGCUGGAAGAGAGAAGACCAAUGGAACUGGAAGUGAAGGAGCGAAAGAUCAGCAUUCUAUCACAGAGACUGAUAAGAAAGCAACGGAACCAAACAAUGUCAAACCUAAAGCAGACUUAAGGCAAAAGGGGCCAAAAAAAGACAUUAAAGCAUCGAAGCCCGAAGACCAUAAAGACACCAAAGCCUCCAAAAAGGAUGAGAAGAAGGAGCCAGAGGACAAGAAGUCGCAGAAGAAGGAAGAGGGCUCGUCAUCGGUCAAACAAGACGGGAAGAAAGACCUGGUGAAGCAGAUUAAGAAACUGGAGCCGAAGAAAGAGCCUAAAAAGGAUCUCAAGGAAAUCAAGAAGGAUGAGAAGAAAGUGGUGAAGCAGCCAGUCAAGAAACCGGCAGCUGAAGCCAAGAAGGUUACCACAAAACCCGCUGGCCCUAACAGAGAGGCGUCUGAACCCAAAAAGGAAGCUGCUUCCACAACCAAAGCAACUGCCAAACCUAAGUCCAGGGCUCAGAAAAAGGACAUGGAUGUUGAACGCAAGAAGCCCCCUGGCGCGGUGAGUUUAGCAGAGGCGAAAGCGGAACCCGGUGCAUCAAAGAUGUCUACUCCAGAGGACAUGACAGCUGAUUUUGAGAGGUUACAGCAAGAUGAAGGUGUGGCACAGAGCCAGGAGAUUGGCUCCCUGGACCGCGGGACAAGAGCUCCGGACAGUAAGACGACCGUGCUUGAUGAAUCCCCAGAUGAGGGCUUCACCACAAUGGAGAAUGAAAGUGAGCUGGAUUCUUCACCCCAAGAGAACGGACACGAGGUGAAUGUCAGCCCCGCGGAGAGUGAGGAGCAAUCGCCCGAGGGACCUGCAGCAGGGGUGAGACAUGGCGAGGAAGUUCGAGACGAUCAAAUGAACGGCCACCUCUACGUGACUGAGAAGGAAGACGAUUACGAAAUGGAAAGUCCUGGUAAAUUCAGGAAUUGUGAGGAGCUGUUGAGCCCCAGUAAGAUGUCCAGCCUGACCCCCCUCGCCAGGACCCCAAGGAGCGACCGCAGUGUUAAUUUUGACCUGACUCCAACUGAAUUUCGGCCGCCGGAUGACCUGAAAGGCCCCAUGUUUAUGAACUACCAGGAGAACCUGGAGGAGCACUGUGCGAGCUCUGAGGAGAAGACUUUGGAGAUGGUCACACCUCCCGGCUCCGCUCCUGCCAGCGCUGGCCACACACCUUUCCACCAGUCCCCAGUCGACGAGAUCCUGCCGAGAGCCGAGGAUGGCGUGGCUGAUAAAGUGUCCAAUCUUCUCAAUGAGGAAACCCAAUUGAAGAAUUCCAACAACAAGUCUCUGGAAGGAGGUAAUCACUCCAGCUCGAGAUCCAACUCGGAAAACACCAGCAUGUCCAUAGACAGUAAACACACAGGGUUCCUAACCCUAAGCCCGUUCAAGGACGUUGUCUCUGAUGUCUCCCCAACUCUCACCACCCCGUCGCUGCCCGCUGAGGUGGGCUCCCCUCACUCCACCGAAGUGGAUGAGUCUUUGUCCGUGUCCUUCGAGCAGGUUCUCCCACCUCUGAACGAGGCACUGGCAUCUCCACGGGAGGACAAUCAGAGAGGACCUUCCAAUGGCGUUUCCCCCGACUACGAGACCUUUUCAGGAAAGGGGGAGCCGCACCCCAUGAGCCUGCCCCUGAAAUCCCUGCAUGAGUCCUUUCGGAUUCACAAUCAGGUGCCGGUGGGCCUUGCUGUUGGGGACGGUGAUCACGCAUUCAAUCACAGUGAUGGAGUGGACGGACACUUGCCCCCUGUUUCGGGACUUCCCACCGAAUCUCCCCACGACGUGGACCUGUGCCUCGUGUCCCCCUGUGAGUUCAAGCACCCCAAGACCGAGCUCUCCCCUUCCUUUAUCAACCCCAGCCCCCGAGACUUGUCUGACGACAGCGAUCUGUCCCAGGAAUUUGCCAAGCCCGUUGCCCAGAGGAGACCCCAUAAGAACCCGCGAGAUGAAACCCCACCCACGUCUGCCAGCGACUCCCUACCAACUCGCUCGGACUCUGACGUCCCGCCCGGGACAGAGGAAUGUCCCUCCAUAACCGCGGACGGGGGGAUCGAUUCCGAGGAGGAGUCUGAGUGCCUGCCAACGGACAAGGCGGGCUCCGGUUCUUCCCUCCGCACCGGGGGUCCCCAAUCACGUGACCCUCCCCCAGCCGCAAUGAAAGACCCUACCCCUCCCCCGCCCCAUCCCGGGCUUUGCAUGGUGGACCCAGAGGUCCUGGCUCAGAGCACUGCCAAAGACAAGGCGAAGACCAAAAAGUUGGGAUCCAAGACAUCUUCUUCGGCCCCGGCCCGGAAACCAACAGCUCAGCCCAAACCCAAAACUCCACAAGCAGCGACCAAGGAAGUGGCAAAGUCUGCCGGAACGGGCAAGGGUGACCACCGGGAGAAAAUCUCCAGGGUCAACUCCAGCCAGUCCAUCAACGGGGAGGAGAAGAGAGGGAAGAACGCCCCAGGCACAAAUCCCAGGCUGUUGCACAGCGGACUUCGAAAUUCGGCCACAGGUGCAAUAAGUAAGAGCUCAGCGGGAAUCAGCCCCCCACUGGGGCCGCCUGUCUAUGUGGACUUAGCUUACAUUCCCAACAACUGCAGCGCCAAGACCAUCAGCGUGGAGUUCUUCAACAAGCUGCGCUCUUCAGUUUACGUCAUCAGCGGGAACGACCCAGCGAAGGAAAACGCCAUGAGAAGUAUUCUGGACGCGCUCCUGGAGGGCAAAUCCACAUGGGGCAACAAUAUCCAGGUCACCAUAAUCCCGACCUUUGACUCCCUGGUCAUGCACGAGUGGUACCAGCAGACACACGAGCGACAGAAAGCUCUGAACAUCACGGCUCUGGGCAGCAGCAGCACAGUGGUGAUGCAGGAGGAGACCUUCCCGGCGUGCAAAGUGGAAUUCUGAUCAGCGGGGGACCACUGGCCACAAGAGACACGGAGGCUCUGCGGGGCGCACUGAACAUGCUCGGUGCAGCCUAACAUAGAGCACAGUGGUGUUUUGGUCUGUCCUAGAGUAGGGUUAGACCUUCUGGAGUUGUGUUUAUAGUCCUGUGUUUCGGUAAAUGCACGUAUAUCUCAAUACUCUUACGAUUAUGUGAUUUUUUUUAAUAUAUGUAAGUUCCACCCUCGCGACUAGAUUCCAAAUUUCCCCAAUAUGCUGUUGAGCCUGGAACGUCAAAUCUUUCCCCCACGGUCGGGGGGGGGGAGGGGAGAGUGGGUGGAGGGGGGAGUGGGUCGAUUGUGGAACAAAAAGUUGUAAAUGGCCGCCAUUUGGACCCUUCAUUCUUUGGAGGGCACCAUUUUGUUUCCAUUAUUGUUUUGUGUUGGUUCUUUUUUGGAAUAUGUGUGCAGGUUUAUUUGAGCUGUCUGGGAUGCGGGAGGAGAGCACGAGAGGGGUUUCGGAAGGUGUUUGUUUGGGUGUUGUUGCAUGUGGACAUUGGGAGGACUUUUGACGUUAGUAGACUGGCGUUAAUUCUGCGUGUACCAGUGACUUUAAAAAAAAAUCCCUAUUUCAGUUGGACAGGUCAAUGUGUCAGACCUACGGUGUGCAAUGCUAUGGAAACACUCCCCUUUUUAUUCACAGCCGCAAGUGGCAAGCUUCGAAAUAGACGUUUUUUUUAAAAAAAAAUAAUCGACCUCAGUUGCCCGUUCCCCAGUUGGCCACAGGUCUCCACCAACCUUUUCUCUGUGAGUCUAUAUAACUGUAACUUUGCUGAGAGUCCCAGGUUUAGGAUCUGUUAUCUCGGCCGGGCUCGUGGUUUCUCUGUAAAGAAUAACUUUAAACUUGAUCGCUGUCGAGUCAUCGAUCCCAUCAACCAACUUUAUUUGAAUGGUUUCCAAAGGCAGGCAGAGAAAAUGUUUCACGAGACCAUGUUUUGACCCUGUUUCUCCCAGGUCCCUGAACAGCACACACUCCCGAGGCUUUAAGAGAAAGGAUCACUUGAACCUUUCCACGUAAUCACUGCUUCAUAGAAUAGUCACACUGUGAAUUUUGGGACCUCCUUCCCUUCUGUUGAAAUCUUGAAUAUAUCUUAUGUAUAUUCUAUAGUGAGUGUAUAAUAUAUUAUUGCAUGCUCUCAGUUUAAGCCUUUGGGGGGGUUAAGGAGCAGAGUUGAGAAAAGCGAAUUCAUUUUGCUUUUGUUUUGGAUAGCGCAGGUGUUGGUGAGAAGGUGAGGUAGGGGCAGGAUUGUUCAGGGGUAUAAGUGAGGUUCAUCUUUAACUUUGCUCUGAGACUAAUUAUUGGCGAUUAAAACUGCAACUUGGACUCGCAUCAGGGAGCAGAAGGAAGGAACGGAUUCAAUUUUUAAUCUGGGAUCGAAUUCUGUUUCUGGGUUGUGUCAGACAGUACAAACCCGAGUCUGGCCACCACAGUCCCUGUAAACCUGGUGGUAAGUGUCCUUUCACUUUGAUGAGGUCACACGCGGAGGCUUUGUGAGAUGAAGAAAUUGGUGGGAUAGGAAGUAGUUGAUCGAACAGAUGAAGGUAUAGGGAUCAGUAGUGGAGGCUGCAAUACUGUGUGUGUGUGCCGAAGAGGUGGAGAAAUAACAGGACUGUGCAGUGCAGUGCAGAUGCUUUGUUCAUGGUGAGAAACGUUUCCUGUGGAAGGUCAGACUGGAGUUGUUGUUGUUGGACAAUGAACAAAUAUUUUGAUGGCUGGAUAUUUCUGAUGAGCAAGUUUUUCCCCCUCCAGCCAUAGGUCAAUCAACUGAAAGUCCAGCAAUGGGUUAGUCAACUAUAAGUCCCUCAACCCCAACCAAAGGGAAGCAGUUGGAACUAUAUAGUGAUCGCAUCAGAUCUAAAGGACUGAAUCUCCCAAGAAAUGUUUGGGACGGCAGCCUUUCGGGAUUGGUUUGCUCAAAGCGUUAGUGCUUGAUUUGAACUUUGAGAUGGCCAUUUGAAAGGGGAUGAUAAAGAUGUAGUUAAUUGGGGAGUUAUUGCACCACUGUUUACAUUCAGGAGACCUACAGCUUAGGUUAAAUUAUACCAGGUGAGCCUUAGCUAUAAUCUAGCUGAAUUGGUCAGAACACACUCCAGACUAGACAGAAUUACAUUGAAACGAAGCAACGUAGUUGGAGGCCUAAAAAGUAACGGCCCCCAAUCCAGUCCUUUAUUUAUUCUCUAUAAAUUAAUAUAUACAUGCCUUUGUUAAUUUUUUUUGGUCCGACACUAUUUUGUAAUAACUAAAGAUAGGGGAAUGUUAGUCUCUCGCCCUGGGAAUUUUUUUUACGAAGAAAUAAAAUAAGAAAAAAAUUUGUUUUUAAUGUGAGAUUAUUCAGUAUUGAACACUAAUUGUUUCUGGGCUAUUUUGUUCUGUAGGGGAAAAUGAAAGAUGCUGUGAGUGCGUGUGUAUGUGCGUGUGUGUGCGCCUACGUGUGUGUUUGUUUUUUUUUCCCAAUUUAUAUUUUAUAAUGAAGUUUGGCAACAUUACUGUAUUUAUUCACAAUGAAAAGUGUAUGUUUAAAAAAAAAAACUUGAUGUAACUGACUUGACAGUUUGUGCCAAUCAUGAGUGGAAGGUUAGCCUGGUAACGGAAAAUGGAGCUCUGUGAUGAUAGAUGGACCGAGUGCUAAGAAACGACCACGAAGGGCGCCAAUAAAUGAGCCGGGCGGUCAAUCUAUCUGAAGCCUAGUAAGAUUUUUUUUUUGUCUUAAAUUCAAUUGGGAUCUGUUUCUCUACCCCUCCCCCCCCCCCCCCCACCCCCAUUCUCAAAACAUUGAUGUUUUUCCAAUUUCAGACUGAAUUUCAGAACGUCCCAAAAUUGUGCACAAUCAUAAAUUUAAGGCCGUGUUUUUGACGGCCUAAAACCCGGUAGCAUUUCUGGGCCUUGUCAUUCAAAUCACACAACAACCUUGGCUUAAAAACAUGAUUGACUACUUUGGGGUGUGGUUUGGGCUCUGGGUUUGAAAGGUUGUCUAACAGGGGAGGAUGGUAAUGAAAUGUUGGCUGUUGAUUGAUCCCUUGACCCAUGUUUUGAGGGUUAUGGCCAAUGCUGUGGGACAUGGUCUGAGUUGACAUCAGGAAACCAGUCUCGCUUCUCACUUUGCCCAUUUCCCUGUCUCUGGUUCUUUAUUGAAAAUUAUAUUUCACUUGGAUUUGAGAAUAACCUGCAUGGAACAAGAUGAUUGCUUGUGAAUCCACUCGCCUCCCCACCACUCCCCCCCCACCCCUCCGCUCCCCACUCCCCCAUGCAGAAGUCUAGGCUGCUAUUUCUUAUUUACUAUUAAAGAUUGUGUAUACACACUGACUGCUAUAACUGCUGGCACUACUGUUAUUAUAUAAUUUCUGGCUUUAAGAUGGACUUUAACAAUAAAAUACUUCAAAAUAA